GCGAGAGCGAUCGGUCAUGAAAGCUCUCGCAGGUUGUUUCGUGCUGUUCGUGGUGUGGUGCGGCCGUGUUGGUGCCGGAAAUUUGACCGGAUUCAGUUACGAGCUGCUGGCGUCCCGACUGGACUUCAUCCAGGGUCUUCAGGGGGAUCUGUUGGCCUAUACCAACCAAACGGCCGUCCAGCUGGAACGUUUAACUCCUCUUAUGCAGAAGUUUCUACUGCAACCGUCAAUAGCACAACCGUUAGCAGCACGGUCAUUGGAAACACUGGCAUCUUCCUGUCGGAAUGUGCCGUCCAGAGUGUCGGGACUGUACCGCAUUGAUCCGAACUAUCCGUUCCAGGAGCCGAUGACGGUUUAUUGCGAUCAGCAGUACGAAGGUGGUGGCUGGACCAUCAUACAGCGCCGAAGGGAUGGAUCGGUGAACUUUAUGCGUGACUGGGACAACUACAAGCGCGGCUUCGGGACCCUGCAUGGCGAGUUCUGGCUAGGGCUGGACAAUAUCUACCGCCUAACGAAUGUGGCUCCGCACGAACUGGCCAUCGAGCUGGAAGACUUCGACGGUGCUCGAGCCACGGCACGGUACGAUCUGUUUCGGAUCGGUGCGGAAAGUAUCAAAUACGCAAUGACAGAUCUCGGAAGCUGCGUCUCGUGUUCGGCCGGCGACUCGUUGCGUAUUCAUCUGAACGAAAGUUUCUCGACCUACGACAAAGACAACAGCAAGGCAACGUUCAAUUGUGCCGCAUCCUUCAAGGGCGCCUGGUGGUUCUACAAAUGUCAUCGCAGCCACCUCAACGGAGAGUACUUGCGAGGAAAGCUGCCAGAAUCGAUGGAUUCGAGAGGACUGAUGUGGAUGGAUUUCCGGGGAGAUAAAUAUUCACUGAAAUCCACCACGAUGAUGAUUCGACCACGCGCGAGAAAGUGACCGUGAUGGACAGGAUCGUGUACACGAAUACGAAUUACGAAUACACAACUUACAUUUGUAAAGAUAUACAUGUACAAGAUAUAAGACUAAA